CUGAGAGGAAUAAUUCAAUGUGGAGUAAAUUAAUGCGCUUUGUUCGCUGAAUAUUAUUUAAAUUCGAGGUUAUUUAUCCGGGUUUUUUUUUGUCGCUAUAGCUACUUAGCUGUAGCUUGUUCCACCGCUUUUUUUUCUUAAAGAGAGCGAUAAACAAGCUAGCUGACUGCACACCACUGUUCCUCCAGUGGAACCUGAGAGGAGUGGAUAAAUCGGAGCCAUGUUGCCUGACAAAGAUGGCCCGGCUCUGGGAGGAGGACAGAGGAGUUUUCCCGGAGGAGAGGAUUCUUCUGUGAGUCUGUUCAGAGAAUAUCUCCGUCUGAAAACUGUCCACCCACGGCCUGACUAUGAUGCUGCUCUAAGGUUCCUGGACAGGAUAGCAGAAGAGCUUGAGCUACCUUUGACAAAGAUUGAGGUUUGUCCGGGCAGAGUCGUGUCCAUCAUGACAUGGGAGGGGAUGAACCCACGCUUGAAAUCGAUCCUACUCAAUUCCCACACAGAUGUUGUACCUGUCUUCCAGGAACAUUGGAAAUACGAUGCUUUCAGUGCUUUCAAAGAUGCAGAGGGCAACAUUUAUGCCCGGGGAUCACAGGACAUGAAAUGUGUGACUAUACAGUACAUUCAGGCAGUCAGAAGACUAAAGGCAGAGGGGCGGAAACUGAUGCGAAAUGUCCACUUAAUGUUUGUUCCUGAUGAAGAAGUUGGAGGUCAUAAGGGAAUGGAAACAUUCGUGAAGCAUCCGGAGUUCAAAAAAUUAAACAUUGGCUUUGCCCUCGAUGAAGGUCUGGCAAACACCAGUGAGGCGUUCACUGUGUUUUAUGGAGAAAGGAAUCCCUGGUGGAUCACAGUCCACUGCCCGGGUAGUCCAGGUCACGGGUCACGGUUUGUGGAGAACACUGCUGCUGAGAAACUGCGCCACGUCAUGAACUCAUUCCUAGACUUCAGAGAGAAGGAGAAACAGAGGCUGAAUACCAGCGAGUGUUUCACGCUCGGCGAUGUCACUACGGUUAAUAUGACGAUGGUCAGCGGUGGCGUGGCCUACAACGUCAUCCCAGCCGAGAUGGACGUCAGCUUUGACCUCAGAAUACCGCCCACUGUAAAUCUACAGGAGUUUGAAGGGCAGAUCCGACGGUGGUGUAAGGAGGCAGGCGAGGACGUCACUUACAAAUUUGCUCAGAAACACAUGAACCAGAACAUAACAUCCACAGAGGAGAAUGAUCCCUGGUGGAGAGCCUUCAGUGCAGCCUGCAAGUCAAUGAAUUUGACUCUGGAAAAAGAGAUAUUUCCAGCCGCCACAGACAGUCGUUUUAUUCGAGCGGUGGGUAUACCUGCGAUUGGUUUUUCGCCCAUGAACCAGACACCGAUCCUGCUGCACGAUCACAACGAGUAUCUGAACGAGCAAGUCUUCCUGAGAGGCAUCAGCAUAUACGAGAGGCUCAUCCCGGCUCUCGCUGGUGUCCCCGCCUCUCCCGACGAGGCUUAGACAAGCUCUUACGUCCUAAUCUUCUUAUCUUCUUUCAAAUACACUUUCAAAUACUGAUGAUCUUUAGUAUUUAACUUGAAUAAUUUGCAGAUUUUACCAAAGAAUAUUAUCACUAAGCCAAACUGAGCACUUUUGCUUUUGGUACUAUUCUGAUUAUUAUUAUUUAUGAUUCUCAGGAUGUAGUAAGCAUUUGCAUUAUGGCAGCAUUUUUAAGAACGUAACGUGACAGGGUUGAGUGUGUGUCUGUGCGUAUGAAGUCUUAAAAAGAAAUCACCUGUUGCGUAAACCCCAUUAGAAUCAGCUGAUUUAAAAAAAAUGGAGAUGUCUGAAUGUGUGAAGAAGCUUGCUUUUAAAGUGACGGUUUAAGAGAAGGUAUUUUAUUCAAUGAGCUAAUGAAAUAAAAUAUGAUUGUUCAUUA